AUGCAGCUGAGAAGAGGAGUGAGCCACCACCAUCCAAGAUUGAGGCGUUGGAUGGCUCCAACUACGAGGAAUGGAGCGGGCGGAUGCGGAGCGUCCUACAAGCUGCUGAAACUUGCGAUGGGAGAGGAGAAGAUACCCGAGGAAGGAGAUGCUCGGGAUCGGUGGAUUGAGCGGAGCGCGGUGCUGUACGACCUGAUUCUACAGUCCGUCAACAACGACAUGUUCCAGCACAUCAAGGACUUGGUCGAGUUGGAUGACUCCAGGCCGAAGGCGUGGAAGCUGCUACGUGACGUGAUUCAACCCAACACGCUGCCCAUGGUGAUCGUGCUCGAGAAGGAGCUGGCGGCCAUCUCCAUGCGAUCGGGAGAUGAUGUGAAGCCGGUCUUGGACAAUUUCAAGGACACCUAUGCGAGGAUGGCAGCAGCGGGCAGCAAGGUGUCGGAGAUGCAGCAGUGCACCAAGAUCAUCUCGGUGCUCGACAACUCGUGGGAGAACCUCAUCCCCACCCUCAACGUUCAGCAGGACAAGUGGACGCCUGAGUGGCUACGGCAGCAGAUCCUGCAGGAGGACUUCCGCAGGUGCCACACGGGAGGUGGUGCUGCCAACAAAACUGCUGAGGGGUAUGGAGCUGCAGGAGGAAGCAGAGGAAGAGGGGGAGGGAGAGGCCGAGGCCGUGGGAGAGGCUUUGGCAGAGGAAGAGGCCGAGUGGUGAACGCGCACGAGGUGGCGCUGUGCAAGGUUCAGGUGCACAAGGUUCAGGUGCACAAGGUAAAGCCUCCCUCUGGGAUGUUCCUUAUGGCUGAGGAUGUGAAUGGGAGUGGGGGUGAUGUAGGUUCCAUUGGGAAGGUUGUGAUGCACCCCCUCACUCACUGGGUGAUAGAUUCAGGUUGCACAAGCCACAUGACCCCACGGGCAGAUUUGCUUGAUGAGGUAAAGCCCCCUAGGAAGAUCAAGUUUUUGGCUGCCGCUUCAGGUGCUUUGCUCCCUGUGAUUGGUGUUGGGAAUGCCAAGGUUAUGGGAGCCAAUGGGGAGCUUGUGGGGCUUGGGAAUGUGUUGUUAUUUGAAGGUUUGUCCGCUAACCUCCUCUCUGUACGCUGGCUGCAGAAAAGCAAGGCCAAAGUUACGUUCGGCCCAACCAGCUGCCGUGCAAAGCUUGGGAAGUUGCUGCUGUGGGAUUUGGAGGAGAAGAGCAGCUGCAUCAAGGACCUGUGGCAGCUGCCCAUCAUCCCUUGGAAUGGGAAACCACCAGCAACGGCAACGGCAGCGGCAGCGGCUAAAGCAACUGCGGGAGGAGAGGAGACUGCACCAACUGCUGGGGCCCUGGAUGCAGUCAAGAAGGUGCAGCAGCCACAGCAAUCACAUGGUGAGGUGCUUGCUGGUGUGGAUGCUAGAGCUGCAUGGGCAAAGGCUUCAUCUGGGAGUGGUGAGGCCGAUUGGGAGACGUGGCACGAGAGAUUGUGCCACAUCAACAUACCGAUGCUGCAGAAGUUGGUGAAGGAUGGGAGCCUGAAAGGAUUGGAGGUGACGGGGGCAGCGAAGGAGAUUGGGAGCUGCCCUACAUGUCUUGAGACCAAGUUCACCAAGUUUCCCUUCAGCAGCAGCACAGGACCAGCCAAGGCUCCACUUGCGCUUGUGCACAUGGAUGUGUCUAAGGGGGAGGUGGCAGCGGCUGUUUUGAAGGAGUGGAUGCCGAGAGCACAAAGGGAGAGCGGACAUAAUGUGAAGGUGAUCCGCACCGAGAAUGGGGGAGAGUUCAUUGGCGCUGAUUUUGAGGCGGUGCUGAAGAAGAAAGGGAUCCAGCAUCAGCUUACAGUGCCCUACAACCCUCAGCAGAACGGCGUGGCUGAGCGGUUCAACCGGACCCUGCAGGAAGGUGCUCGCACUCUCCUUGGGCGCGCAGGGCUGCCGGAUCCGUUUUGGGUGACUGCACUGAGGCAGGUCGCUCUUGUGAAGAACAGGGUGCUGGCGACUAUGGGGGACAAGCAGUGGGUCCCCUACACCAAGUGGUAUGGGAGUGCACCAGCAGUCAACAUGCUGAGAGCCUACGGCUGCAUGGUGGUGUUUCAUGUGCCAAAGGAGAAGAGGGGAAAGCUGGAAGCUUCUGGGAGAUGGGGUGUGCACUUGGGGCUUGCUAAGGAUCAUAAGGGCUGGUUGCUAUGGGACUUGACCAGCCAGCAGCUGACUGUGUCAAGGGAUGUGAAGUUCCUUGAGUCCUUGUACUACAAGGAGUGGAAGCAGCAGCAGCAGAAGCUUCCUACGACACCGCUGAUCGUUGAGGCCGAUGAGGUGCAGCGGCCUUCGAGGCAAGUGCAGGUCACUGUCUCAGAGGAGGAGAUCUCUGGGGUGACUGAGGAUGGGGGAGAACCUGAGGUGGAGGAGCAGCAGCAGCAGCAGCAGCAGCAGCCGCAGCAGCAGCAGCAGCAGCAGCAGCAGCAAGGUGCUCCACAAGUGUGA